AAAAAUCCAAACUUAUUAACAAGAGGGGAUCACAUGCGGCCAAGAACACCGCAGCAAGUAAUCCUCAAAAGGUAAAGCGCCAAAGCCAGAGGGAGGAGAGAGAGACGGUAGAGAGAGGAUGGGCUUCAUAGCAAAAGCCAAGAGCAAUAGCGAUAGCAGCUGGAGCAGUGAAAAUUGGGGGAUGGGUUUGCUUCUGGUGUUCUUCCCGGAGGAAAACGGCGGCACCACCACCACCAUUGUCGAUAAAAUCACCAAGCUCUUCUCUUCUUCUUCCACUUCCUCUCCAUCCUCCUCCUCCUGUUCCUCCUCCAAAACAUGCGCGGUUUUCAGAAGAACCAGCUCCAACAAUCUUAUUCUCUCCAAAGCCCAAUCCACAAUUUCCAUCUGUGCCCUUCUCGUCUUCCUCACCCUCCUCCUCUUCACCCUCUCAACCUUCGAGCCCUCCCCCGCCAAGCCUCGCCCCGUCGUCCCAUCACCUUCCAGAAGGUUCCUCUCCCAAAGUACUCAAAUUCCCCAAUCGCCCACCAAUCACAACUUCCCCCUUCUCUCCUCCUCAUGGUUGUCCGAAAUGUGGAAGCAAAAACAGCAGAAGUUGUUUAAGUCCCAAUUUGCCCUCCAGAAGAUGGGCACUCUGUACCGCCGCGGCACCAGAGCCAUGCCCGAUCUCGUCGUCGCCCAUUUCGACGACGACGUCACGGAACCCGAGCUCCGGUUGUUUCUGAGGGUGUUGCACCGGUCCGGCCUCACGUCCAGAGCGGACGUGGCGUUCGUCUUCGCCUCCUCCGGUUCGAGAUUCGGGUCCAUAAUCCAGGAAGAGAACACCUCGUUCUUAGUACUCCUCCGCCGUUACGGGGGCCUAAACCGGACGGCUGCGGCGAGGGAAAAACCCGGUUUGGGAUUCGACGCGGCUCAGUUCAUCAAGGCCGGGAAAAAGGAAAUUGAAGAGCCCCUCUGGGGGAAAAAGGGUGUAAACUCGGAAGGCGACGGUGAGUUGACUCGGUUUAGUUACGGGUCGGUUGUGGGGUUCGAGGCGGGCGAGCUGGACCCGGAAAACUCACUAUCCGGAUUCGUGGACCACGUAGUGCCGAUGAGCCUGCGGCGGUGGGCUUGUUACCCGAUGCUUCUCGGCCGGGUUCGAAGAAACUUCAAGCAUAUUAUGUUGGUGGACGCGAAAAACUCGGUCGUGGUCAGGGACCCACUCGGCCGAGUCCGGCACCGGAGUCCCGAGUCGGUUCUUUUAUUCACAAUGCCGCCGCCGGGUAAGCACCCCAAGAAAAACUCCGACUCAACUCAGUCUCACGGCGCGGUUAAUUCCGUCGUUAUCACCGGCGGAUCCCGCGGAAUUCGGCGGCUAUCGAACACCGUGUUGACGGAAAUAGUUCGGGCCACCAUGCAGCACAAGAGGAAGAGCAUGGUGACCGAGUCGGGAAUUUUGAGUCAACUCGUUGCCAACCCGUUCGUAAGGAAGAGCAUUAAUCUGGUCACGUCAAGUGAGUCGGUGCCGGACCCGAGUUCAAUCGGCGGAGCAGCGGGGCUGUCCGGCGGGCACACAAUUAUCCAACGUGGUAAUAGUAAUCACGACGAGCUUAAGUCUAUUAUUAUGAAGCAAAUUUGUUUAUUAGAAAUAGAUUCUUCUGUCUAUAGGGAUUGUUAGGGAAAAACAAUAAAAUAAAUUUAGAGGAAAAAAGAAUAGAAAUGUUUAUUAAGAUCCCUUUUUUUUUUUUUUGUUACUUGUUUAUAAUAUCGAUUUAGCAAUAAAAUCAAUUCUUUUGUA